AUGGACAUACAGGCAAUUACUAACGAUGGCAUAGUGCACAAGCAGGUUUUCCGCGGCCACGCGCCGGAGCAGGAUAAUGCGGUGUCGAUCUCAUACCCUGGCACCGAGGUUGUGGGGCAUGGAUCGUUCGGGGUGGUGUUUACCACGCGGAUUGAGGAGACCGGGGAGAAAGUGGCGAUCAAAAAGGUGCUCCAAGACCGGCGGUUCAAGAACCGGGAACUGGAGAUCAUGAAGAUGCUACAGCACCCCCAGGUCGCAGACCUCAAGUACUACUUUUACGAAACGGACCCGCAGGGCGAGGUUUACUUGAAUCUGGUGCUCGAGUACAUGCCUGCGUCGCUGUACCAGCGUUUGCGCCACUUUGUGACGCAGCGCGCCAACAUGCCUCGCAUUGAGAUCAAGCUCUACAUGUACCAACUGUUCAAGUGUCUGAACUACCUACACACGCGCGCGGGCGUUUGUCACCGUGACAUCAAGCCGCAGAAUCUGCUGGUGGACCCGGUAACAUUCAGCCUCAAGUUGUGCGAUUUUGGCAGUGCCAAACAGCUCAAACCAACAGAGCCCAACGUCUCCUACAUCUGCUCGCGUUACUACCGUGCGCCUGAGUUGAUAUUUGGCGCCACCAACUACACCGUGCAGAUCGACGUGUGGUCCAGCGGGUGCGUUAUGGCCGAGCUCAUCCUGGGCCAGCCCAUGUUCCCCGGUGAGAGCGGUAUUGACCAGCUGGUCGAGAUCAUCAAGAUCCUCGGUACUCCUACAAAGCAAGAGAUCUGCGCCAUGAACCCCAACUACAUGGAACACAAGUUCCCGCAAAUACGGCCCAUACCUCUGGCCAAAGUGUUCAAGCGCGAAGAUCACACCACCGUGCAAUUUCUAUCGGAUGUGCUUCGGUACGACCCGACUGCCCGUUUCACGGCAUUGCAAUGUCUGUGUGCCGAAUACUUUGAUGAGCUGCGUACAACCGAAGACCCAGAAUUGAUCAACAUCGUCCAGAAACUGCACCUGCUGGAGUUUGACAAAGAACAAGAGCUCGGCUCCCUCACGGAGAGUCAGGCUGAGCUGGUGACACAGAAACUCACUUCCAAUUAG